AUGCGAGAUAGAGAGAACGCGAUACAUUUUGUGAUUUCAUUAACUUGUAUAACCAACACGCUACGUGGAAUCGACCAUAGCGCCGUCCAAGCAAAAAUUGCUCAAAUCGUCAAUUCGGCAUUCGUAAUCCUGUAUGCGCAAGCAAGAGGUGAAGCCCCUGGCUAUGUACCGUCGUGCAGUCGUCAUGCGGGUGGACAUUUGAAGCUGCCCAGUGAGAUUGAAGAACGAGGACAAUUGAGAGGCAAUGCUACUAGCUUUACGAAGGAGCGGGCGGCACAGAAUCGCGCUCUCGUCCACUUUAGAGAAGGGCUGAAACACUGUGCUCGGGCUAACAUACAACACCUGCAGGGAGGACAUUUGGAGUAUGGAGAUUGGCCUGUAUUGUUCACAAAUAAGCAUCAUUGGAGAAUAGCACAUCCCGGACGAGCCCCGAGAUUGUCAGGAGCGGCUCCUAUUCUUCCUCCACUUGUACCUGAAUCGGAGGGCGCAGAUCGCUUCGGGUGGGCGAAUUUGAGGGAAAAAUACACAUUACAAGGUUGCAACAAGGGAUCGACAGCGGGUAUCCAUAUCAGGGUUCAAGAUGGUUCCCUCCAUCUAAGCGAAGAUGGCUCUGGUGCUCUCCAAUUGUCAGCGGGUGCAUCCCCACCCCUCUCGCUCUUCAGAGUCUGA